AGGAACCCUUCCGUUCUCGAGGCCGCAGGAGUCGAGAUGAUUUUAUCGUUAACGAAGCGCCAUUUUUCCCGAUCGGCGCGAUAUCGCGAACGAAGAGGAAGGAUAGCGGCCGAAACCGGCGCGGAGAGCCGCUCGCCCGCGGACUCGAGGCCAAAUACAUCCGUUUCUCGACAAUUCCCAGCGACGGACGACAAGUGACUAACCUCUCUCGUCCAAGAGGAAGAUUAACUCGGUCGGAGAUGGGAACACGUCGCGAGCCGGAAACAUGCAAUGGAAGUGGGCAACCGAGUCGGAUGGGUCAGAAAUAUACGGAGGGACGAUUCCACCUGAGCAUUCCACGGAUGCACCGUCUCGAGUGGUUCCGGUCUCCGUCCAAUCUUCCAGAAACUUCGCCAGGAAUUGAACGCCGGAUCGUCGGACCGCCGUAACCGACGCAACGGCUUCGACGAAUUUUUCGGAAAAGGGCGUGUCCCGUCUUUUGUCCUCCGAGAGCCGUUAGUCGCGCCGCCGUCGCAUUGUUUUUCGGCGAACCACACGGAUCGAGCCUUCGACGUCUCCGGACCCGAUCGUCACGAAAUCUCCGCAUCUCGCCGGAGGACUUCGAAAGAAGAGGGCGAGCCUCGGAUGGACGGCGACGCGGCGUUGAGCUCGGCGAUUUCGACGCCGACGACCUCGGCGGACAAAAGGCCCCUGACGGUCAAGGAUGGCAAAGCGAACCAGCCGAUACCGCUGCGAGGAGUCAAGGGCCAGGUCGGCCCCUUCGAGGUGGAGGGCCCACCCCUGGAGGAGAAGGUGUCCACCUUCCUGGGAGCGGAACUCGUCGAGAACGUCGAGUCGUCGAGCGAUACCAGACUCCGGGUCUUUACGAAAUUACUUCAUAAAUAUUUCACGUUCUGCAAACACGUGGUGGUCCUUUGGUUCUAUAUGGUAAUGUUCGCGCUCCUUUACAAACGAAACGAAGCUCGCAAGUGAUCGCCACGUCGGAUACGGAUCGAGAGCGCCCCAACGCAUCCGGGAACACUCGUCACCCUCGAUGGGAGAACCCCUGGCGUCGCGCAAUUCAUCGAGAGAUAACGUUUAAGAGCGAGAGAACGCAUUUACCGGGUCGUUCGAGAAUCUGGACCAACGCGACCAGGAGUCGAGGAUCGUCGCGCCGAGAAAGAACGGGACGAUCGUCCUCGAAUAAACCCCCUCCUCCACGCGUGCCUCGAUUUUCAAUGGAUCGGUCAUUUGGAAACCGUCGUCGAAAUCGUUCUACUCUCGAGCAAAAGUCACCCGGAGGUGUCCUUUCUUCUCCCGGUUUCCGAGGGAACGCGGAGGGCCGGCCUCGGCCUCGACGGGACUGCACAAUAAUAUAAUCCCCGUAAAAUGAGAGCGGUAACAGGAUCACGGCGUGAAAUCCUAAUAAAUGAGCAGUUGCCGGCGGGCAUAUAGAGGCUGCCACCCCACGAUGCGAUCCCUCCGGCACGAUCGGCCCUUAUCUCCCGGCGCAUCGGGCCGCGUUUAACGAAAAACGCAUUUGGCGCGGCCCCGGGCGCGU